AUGUCUUCCGGUUCCACUAGCAACAUGCUGCGUGUCAGCAUCGAGUCCCAGAAGUUCCCCGGAUCCUACCUCCGCAUCGACGGACGGGGAGUCACCGAGUACUCCGGCUCUGGCGGCGGUGCCGUCAAUGUGCAGAACCAUGUUGCCUCGUACGAGACCCUCAUCAUCGUGAACCACCCCGAUGACAACACUUUCUCUAUUCUCUCCUCUGCCUUCCCGAACGUCUACCUCCGCAUGGACGGCUCCGACAUCAAAUCUGGAGACACCUACGCCCAGGGUGCCGGAAAGACUAUCGGGUGGGGCGACCACUCUUGGGAGAAGUUCCGCUUCGAGAACCAGAGCGAUGGUACCAAGGCCAUUGUUUCUGUGCAUUUCCCGAACGCCUAUCUUCGCAUGGAGAAUGUCACCGGCCAGGGCGGACCGAGCGGUGCCGGAACUGUCAACUGCCAGAGCUACGUCGGUUCCUAUGAGAAGUUCAAGAUCCAUGUCCUGUAG